GAUCCAGUCCCCUAUGAACCUUUUUUGAAUAAACCUUUGAGCCAAGGUUCAACCUCAUUGAUUGCAAAAAUAAGCCCGGGUGUUGUUAUCAAAUACCCUCGGUAUUCGUGGUGGCAUUCCGAGGCGCCAGGAACCCAACCCAUGGUCAAAGCCAUGAAGGAUAGCUUCAAGGUUGAAAGGCAACUCUUGGAAAUUUUGGGGAGCCACCCUAGGAUAAUACGCUAUAUUGGCGUUUCCAAGGAGCCCCGUGGAUUACUUUUUGCCGAAGCUAGUGAAGGUAAUCUGCAGGAUUACAUUGAUAAACACAAUGAUUCCAUCAAUCUACAUGUGCGAUUAAAAUGGUGUUUUCAGACAACAGAAGCUAUCCAUUAUAUUCAUCAGAAGGGCAUGAUACACUCUAACCUACGACCAGAGAACUUUUUAUUACACUCCUAUUCUCCUGAUGAGCCCGAACUUCUUCUCUGUGACUUUGGAGGGUCGACAAAUGGUACAAUAGAUGGUGGACACCUUCCCGACUCAGGCUUUUUCGAUUCACGCAAACCAUACAAGUCAUCAGAGGCUAUGGACAUAUUUAGUCUCGGAUCAGUUUUCUACACGAUAAUGACUGGUCAUUGGCCGUACAGAUCACCUGGGCCUUUCAGCUCGGUGGCAGAGAGGAAUGAAUAUGGAGAUAUGGUAGACGGCCACUUUCAAUCCCAAAAGUAUCCACCAGUUGAUGGUCUUAUUGGUGGUGCUGUGAUAAGAGGAUGUUGGACUGAACGCUACAGUAAUGUGGGGGCACUUAUUCGAGAUCAACACUUGUCUUACAUUUAACUUGUUGUUGAGGGUGCUAAGUGGCUCAAACAGCAAUCUGACAAAUUGAGCCAUCCCUUUGCCCUUCCUCCAAUUCCCCAACUGCGGGGCUUCUGCAUUAGCUCGAAGAAGCUCUGUGAUCGUUCUGCCUUCUCUCAAUCCGCGCCUAGAAGAGAAAUGAUAAUGCAAGCCACGCAUGUGGAUGUGCGGAGUCGGUAUAGUCUGGGCGUCAUGCUACUGUGUAGUCAUGGUAUGUCUUCGCUUGUCUGGCACAUGGCGCAACGAGGGGCAAGUUCAGGGAGAUACCUGUGAGUCGCCUGG